AUGCGAAUCGUCAUAACUACUGAAACGGGUGAAUUUCACAAUGUUGAGGUUGACUCGCAAAUCGAGUUAGAAAACGUCAAAGCUUUGAUAGAAGCAGAGACAGGCAUUUCAACAUCUGAUCAAAUGCUUCUUCAUAACGGAAAAGAGUUACCAGAUCCAAAAAAAACGUUGGAGCAAUAUGGUGUGAUUCAAGAUAGCAUUCUAUUAGUCAAAAGGAAAUUCCCGGUCAACAACUCUGCAGCAACUUCCGGUGAUGGUGGUGUUCAUGGAGCCCCUGAGUAUGCUGAACAGAUGCGGCAACAUAUCCUGGGAAGACCUGAUAUUUGGAAUCAGUUAUCUCAAACUCAACCGGAUCUCGCACAUGCCGCAUUAAAUGAUCCCGAUAGAUUCGCUGUUUUACACAGACAGAUGGAGCAACGUCGUAAUUUGCUUAACGCAGAUCCUUUUGACAUUGAAGCACAACGAAGAAUUGAAGAAGAGAUAAGGCAAGCUAAUGUUAUAGCAAAUCGGGAAGCUGCGUUAGAACACACUCCAGAAGCUUUUGGAAGAGUCACCAUGUUGUAUAUUAAUGUUGAAGUAAAUGGCCACCCAGUAAAAGCAUUUGUUGAUUCUGGCGCGCAGGCAACAAUUAUGAGUCCAUCAUGCGCGGAAGCAUGCGGAAUUAUGAGGUUGGUAGAUACACAUUUUGCCGGUGUCGCGAAAGGAGUUGGCACUGCAAAGAUUCUUGGGCGUGUGCAUAACGCGCCAAUUCGUGUUGGCCCUGAUUUAUUUUUGGAUAGUUCUUUUACGAUAAUGGAGGGACGAGGCGUGGAAUUGUUGUUUGGACUGGACAUGUUGAAGCGUCAUCAGGCUUGCAUCGACCUGAGGAGAAAUUUGUUAAUUAUCAAUGAAAAAGAAAUCCAAUUUUUAGCCGAGCACGAGUUACCAAAAAGUGCACUAAUGGAUGAAUUUGCCGAUGAAACCCCAGUUGCUACGCCAUUACCUACAAACGACGCUAAUAGUGCUAACACCAACAAUAACCUAACAAACUCGAAUACAACGGCACCACCGCCAUUAGGUAGUACACCAAUACCAGUUAGUAAUUCUGCUGUUCCGCUAUCGUCUGCUACUGCGGAAACAGCACAAUCAAAUUAUCCCGAAACAGAUAUUGAGAAAUUGAUCUCGUUGGGAAUCCUUCGUGAACAAGCUAUUCAACUUUUAGAUGCAGCAGGAGGCAAUCCGGACUUGGCUGCGAGUUUCCUUUUCAAUGAUUUAUAA